AUGGCGUUCAUACUACCGAGCACGUGCAGUGCGUUUUCUGUGUUGGGGUCGAAGCGUGUGACGUCGCCGCAGUGCGCAACACGGCGUGCUCGAGUCUGUGCGCUGGCCGGGUUGCGUCUCCAGACCGGAGAAGAUACUUUCGACUUUUUCCUCGGCAAGUCCGAGCGCACUACGGAGAGCCUGCUGCCCAUGGAUGGUUCUGAUCUUCCCGAAGGAGGCGGCAAUAAGACGUGGCUGAACCUCCAGCGGGUGCGGGCGGCCAGCGCGCGGUUCCGAGUGCACGAGCGGGACACGGGGUCCCCGGAGUACCAAAUUGCGGCGCUUACAGAACGUGUUAACAUUAUCACGGAGCACCUGAAAGAGCACCCGAAAGACUUGUCUUCGACGCGAGGGCUUCAGUUGCUGAACUCACGGCGGCGGCGUUUGCUCCGGUAUCUGCAGUCUCAGGAUCUGGAGCGUUUCGACCGGCUGGUCAAGGCUCUGAACAUUCGCGUUCGCCGUGGCGAUACGGCGCUAUCGCGCCGACGUGACUUGGCCGGCGGUCGCUAA